AUGGCAUCUCGUCAUCCUUACGCAUCUAGCGUAUCGCAAGUCCUCCGGGAACUAGAGGAGUUCCAGACCAUGGACUAUGAGAGCGCUUAUUAUGGCUUCAAUGAAGACCUCCUGCUGGCUGACUUAGAUCAGGCCGGUCGCUGGGGAACGUUUGCGAACAAUCCUGAAUUAAAUCACGAUACGUCCUCCACAGAUCAAAGGCCUACAAAGAAACAAAGGACAGAUCGGCUGGUGCAUGGGGGCGAUAUCCCAGCAGUGCACAUCCAGGACCGCUACACUGACCCAGACUCAAACGCCGUGCAACAACAGAGAGCUUCAAGGGGUCCUCCUGUGCUCAUUGAUCUUACGGAAGAUGAUCACCCGCUAACCGAGAUCUUGGAGAUCUUCCCAGACAUUGAUCCGGAUCAUUUAAAGGGUCUGAUCGAUCGCCAUCUUGCGCUGGUGUCUCAAGCAAAGACAGAGAUUCUGCUCACCGCCACUGAUAAAGACUUAGCGAAAGGCGCUGCCAUCGAAGAAAUCCUUCAGAACCCUUCUUAUCCCAGAAAGCAGAAGCGGCUUAAGAGAACAGUUGACGAGCGUGACUCGGUCCCCAAGAAGGAAGACGAUAUUCAGAAGUGGCUGAAGGCUAUUCCUCAAAGAGGAAGUCCUCUGUACCUUGAAAUCACUGCUCGGUUGUUGGCGAUUGAAUUCCCUACUGUGCCCUGGACAUAUAUCCAGAACCUCGCCCUGCACAAAAGAGAAUUAUACGCUGCGUAUCUCAGUCUGUAUGCCCUGGAAGACCCUUCUGCCAAGUCAACCAAGCCUUACAAGAACGAACGAAACCGCAAUCCUCGCUCACAUACAAGCCUGUACAAGUCGUACCCGGAAACCCUACCAAUCAUGGAAAACCUCAAACGCGAACUCAAGGCGGCUGCAAAAGCUGCAAAGAAGACCAAGGAGAUGAAUUCAGCGGUCCUCCGUAACAACUUCGAAGAUGUUGACGAUAAGGAAGCCGAAGAGCGCAACAUUCGAACGGGAAACCUAGUGGAGUGCCAGUGCUGUUUCGAAGAGGUCCCCGCGAACAAAGCAUUGCCAUGUGAAGGACUUGACGUUCAUUUCUUCUGCUAUACUUGCAUGAAGUCUUCCGCAGAGACACAAAUUGGGAUGAUGAGGUACAAGCUACAAUGCUUUGACGGGAGUGGAUGUCAGGCGAAGUUUGAUCGAUACGGGCUUGAGCGUGCCUUGGGAGCGAAGCUCAUGCAAAAGCUCGAUGCUCUUCAGCAGCAGGACGAGAUUGGGCAAGCUGGGCUGGAAGGCCUUGAGUCCUGUCCCUUCUGCGACUUCCAGGCGAUAUGUGCUCCCGCCGAUGAGGAUCGAGAGUUUCGGUGCAGGAACCCUGACUGCGAAGUGGUUAGCUGUCGCUUGUGUAAGGAGAAAAGUCAUCCACCGAGCAGCUGCGACGAGGCUAGGAAAGACAAGCAACUCCCAUACCGGCAUCGCGUAGAAGAGGCUCUGAGUGAGGCACUCAUUCGGCCUUGUCCAACCUGCAAGGUGAAGAUUGUCAAAACCGAUGGCUGCAACAAGAUGACCUGCUCGAAAUGCGGGACUCAGAUGUGCUAUGUCUGCAACGUCAAACUCGGUGCCUCUUACGAACACUUCAAUCGACCGCCAACCCAUUGCCGCUUGUGGGAUCAGAAUGAAAGAUAUCCACUUGGAAGACAGGUUGACCAAGAGAUUGAACAAGUCGAAGCAGAUGCUAUCGCCAAGAUCCUGGCAGAGAACCCUGAUGUCACCGAAGAAGAGAUCCGAGUGAAUCGUCCGGGACAGAAGCAGAAUGCUAGACCUCCCCGGCCAGGUCGACCACAGAAUCAGAAUGCAAGACCUCCUCAGCCAGACCGCGCGCGCCAGCCUGUUCAAGCUCGGGCUCGCAUCAAUAUUCAAGUUCCUGGGAUUCCACAGCCAGAUCAGCCGCGUCAACAACAAGUGCAACCGCGUCAACAACAAGUGCAACCGCGUCAACCUAUGCAAGCUCCUCAGCACAUACAAGCGCCUCGGGUCAUACAGCAAGCUGAUCCUGCCAAUGUUUACUUCAGAGAGCCUUACGUUCACGUGCAAGCUCAGGCAAAUCAAAUGCCAAUCGCCAGAAAUUACUAUGCCAACGGAAUACAAGAUAUUUACGCCGGCAGACUUCCUUGGGAAGCUCCUAGCAACAAUUACCCUCUUCCCAAUGCACAAAUAAACCAGCUAAACUCUGGCGAAGCUGGCUUUUUACCGCAGGGCCAUCCUCCCAAUAACCCAGCGGCGAUGCCAAUAGAUCCUCCUCCUUACUACGCUUGGAACCAUGGCCAGGCUUUAUCUGUGGCACCACGUUUUCCUGCGCAGAACGUCGCAAAUAACCCUGUGCCUAAUCCAGUCGGACCGGGACAAACCAACCCAUAUCCUUCCUAUCACAUACCACCCAUCGUUUCUCAGAACGCUCGACGAGCAUCCGGCGGACUGGGUGGAUAUGCUCGCGACUAA